UUUUGACUUCAUUGCGGCCUGGUUCAAACAUAGACGGACAACCUCCACCUGCUCUGCGCUUCUUUGCGGUGAUGAGCGAUGGUGGAGAAGAUCAAGGUGAUCGUGGUCGACAAGAAGAUCGUGAUGAUCGACUAGACCGCGAUGUCCCUGGCAAAUUGUUUGAAAGAUGCCCGGGGAAACCAAAGCCGAAGAGGGUGAGUCUCAAACCGGUUCCCUCAUUGGUGACGUUGAGACCGGCAUCGCAAGUGUCACGGGUGCCAGAUGAUGAGGGGCACGGCGUGGAAGAAUCAUCCCAGGAUGAGGAAAACGAGGGCAUCAGGCGCGUGGUGUUGGACGAUGAGAAGGGCUUCUCUUCAGGGGAUGAUGCAGUACCAGUGCGGACGGUUCAGACGCAGGAAGGCCAAGCCUCAAGCAGUGCUGGACUAGGUGCUGGGAAAUCGGAACAAGGAGAAGAUCAACUACAUGGAGAAGCACUACGACCUGGAGAUGCCGAAAAAGGUGAGGUCCUGAAACAAGAAGGACCCAAGCUGAAGAAGUACCGCAGGGUACGGGUGAAGAAACAAGUGACGCAGUUGGAGAAAGACAUCAAGGAGUUGCAGAACGCAGGAAAAACAAGGAAUGAAAAGAUGGCAUACCUUCGACGUCUACAACGAGAGCGGCAAGAGCGGCAAGCAGCUGGGAAGCCUCUUGGACAAGUAGACCUACCAGAGUCAAAGGAACCUCAGGAGAACAAAAAAUCUGAGGAAAACAAAGCUGAGGUGACAGAAGAACCUCAACCAAGGACGCCGUCGCCAUCUUCGGUGGAUUGGAAAGCUGCUGAGGAGGAGACGGAAAGGCAGUUUGCGGAGGCGAAAGCAGCAGGCCGCAGAAUCCUCUCUUACGAGGAAUGGGACAAAGAGCGCAAGGAGAAGAAUGAGAACUUGCGCCAAGCAGCACUGCGGAGGUCAUGGCUGGAUCGAGAAAUUGCCCGCAGAGCUCUGCAACAAGAAAGAGGUGAAACCAGAGAAGCAGUUCUGAGGAGCACAACGGCAUCGGCAUCUGGACCGCUUACAGAUGAGGAGUGGGGACAAAUGCAACAGAUGAUGAAAAGGUUGCCAUCAGCACCUCCAUGGCAGUGUGAGAUGCCCAAAAAGGAUGAAGAGCAGGAUAUGCUGGAGUUUGGAGAGGUGGAUGUUGUCCUGGCUUUCGUUGGCAAGGGGCGCAACAAGGUCACCAUGGACCACAAGCACCUCACGGACAACAAGGGUUUGCACCUGGAUGUGGAGGGCAACAACACCAAGGACCUCCAAGAGGACCUCAAGGCUUUCAUCCAGGACUACAAGGGCAAGUCUCCUGAAGAACUGGCAGAAGCAACGGUAUGGUUGGAACGACAGCGUGGCGGCCCUGAAGUGGAUCUUCGCACACCGGGCGAUGUGGUUCGGCAUGACUUGGCGAUGGCAAUGGCGAAGUCAAGGGCAAAAGCUGGAAUGCCGACACCACCACCAGCAAGGAUGGUAAGUCCGCCUCAACGAGAAGUUCCUGCACCGCCGCCGGAACAACAACAAGAACAAGGUAGAGGUGAAGAUGCUGGAGAAUCUCUUCUACAGAGAAUCCUCAGGUUGGCUGGCGAUGGACCAAUAUGUGGGGGAACUCCGCCAUCGACGCCAAGGGUGCCUUCACCGUCGACACUGUCGAGCACCUCAGAGGCUGAGAUCUUGGAGGUGCCAUACGACGAAACCAGUGCGGCUCAAAACGAGCAGAUGGCCUUGCGACCUAAGGCUCGUCCUCUUCAGAGGGACCCCAGGCAUGGGGCGAUGGCUGCAACUGGUGGUGAUGGUGGACGAGAUGGCCCUGGAGACGGGGAUGACCCACGGCGCAAUGACAGAGCAAUCCCAGAACCUGAAGCAGAGGACGAUGAGGAUGACUCUGUGGAAGGGACGGCCACCCAGGAGUUCAUGUAUCGGAUGAAAAGAAGAUCCGAUGAGCUGACGGGACGGAAGAACAAGUUCCAGGUCGGCAAGAGCUCUGCAUGGGAGCCCCAGAAGCUCCGAAAGGGGCGUGGCCACACGGUCAGAUGGUGGCCGGAGCGUCGUGGCAAGGGCACCAGGGGUGAGGAUUCCACAAUAACCCACUCGCUGACGAGCCCUACGACGGGAUGGCAGCGCAUCUAUGCGAAGGGAAAGCAGCCAAGGGCCCUUCGCGUCUCCAACCAAGGGGGCAAAGGCAGUGGGGGCCGCAUCGUCCUGCAAGGCAAGGGCGCAAACCCAGCGGCCGAACUGCAACUGGCGCAGUCGCUGAGCCGGGCAGCCGCCGCGGUACGGCGAGCUGAAAGCGCCGUGGCCACCCAUGGGAAUGGCAGCGAAGGGGCAGAAGCAGCCUAUGAAGAGGCGGCUAUGGCGGUGAACCAGUACUUGCAUGCGGAUGCAAUCCUACACCCGCCAACUGGCGCUUCAAGCUCCAGCGCAGCACCUUCGAGCUCAAGCGCAGCCCCAGUGGGAAGAGGAGCUGCCAAUCUGGGUCUGGAAGCCUACCGUGACUUCCUUCAGGCCAAGGGCAAGGGCAAGACAAGCCGAGCCCAUGCAGAUGCAGCUGCAGAUGAAGAAGGAUCUGACCCAGACGCGGAUCCGGAGGACGAGAACUAUGAAGAGGAGAUUGAAGAAGAAGAAGAACAUGGUGAUGAUGGGGACUACGUCGAGGUGGAGCUCGAGGUGAUCCUUGAAGAAGACCAUGAAGGUCAUGAUGCAGCAGAGGGUCCAGCCACAGAGGACCAAGAAGAUGCAGGUUGUGAUGAAGAUGGACCUGAAGCGCAUGGCCCAGAAAACAACGAAGAAGAAGAACGCCAUGAGGACGAUCCGGACUACAGCGCGGAAGAGGCAGCACCACUCAGGGUGAUCUUCCUUGAAUCCCUGUGCACAGACGCCAAGAUCUUGCAGGACAAUUACCAGAUGAAACUGAGCAACGACGAUUACAAAGGUGCAGAGAGUUCCGCUGCCCUGGAUGAUUUUAAGAAGAGAGUCGAGGCUUACGAGGUGCAGUACGAGCCCCUUCAGGAAAGCGAGCUGGAUCUGUUGCAAAACAGACAGAGUAGCGUUGCAAUGCCUGUGGGUUCCGUUCAAAUCUACGACGGUGGGCAGAAGAUCAGCUGCUGUCGCACGGGGUCGUCGCUGGUGGCAGCGCCACUGAUCUCGUUGCUACAUGCCAUGCAUCUGACCAGGCGCCAGAUCUUGUUGGCGCCCGAAACGGACCUCAACGGUGUAGGCCUGCCACCUCAGUGCUUCGCAGAGAUCCUGAAGCGUGAAGAAGAGAAGGAGAGUCGUGUCAUGGAUGUGAUUUGUGGUACUUCCAAGCACGCGGUGAGGAUUGCGCAAGAGUUGUCCAAGGUGGACCGCGCCGCUGCGGUGAGUCGUUCCCAGCGCCCGCGCUGCGUGCUGAACCUCCGUGCGCUGCAGGGCCGCACCAGCGAGGGAUCGGCCGACGGCUCGGCGGCGGCGGAGAACUACGCGGACCUCGUGCGGCGGAUGCGGGCGGAGGUCCUGCUCCUCUUGGAGCGUUUGCCUCGCUCAGUGCUGGUGAUUUGUCCUGGAGAGGAUGUGCGGCGUGUACUCUGCGCCCACUUUGUUGGUUGUUCAGAGAACUCCAUCGCGGAUUUGGAGAUGCCAGCGAUGUCGGUCCUUGAGUUGACUCGAGACCACAAGGGCUACUCCUCCGAUGAGAUUGAGCUUGCCGAGCUGAUCCCCCCGCGCCAUAGCAUCAGUGGUCGCCGCAUAUCUCGCCCCAUGGUCAUGGGUGCCAUGGGCUAAGACGAAGGACUGGGCAUGGAGACCCCGACAUACAUCAC